GGUCAUGCAUUUACAUUUAUUUAGCUGAUUUUAUUAUUUAUUUUAUAUAUUUAAAUGUAAACCCAGCAGCAGAUUUCUUUAAAAUAUAAAACCUUUAUUUUUUUUCUAGAUUUUUCAGCAUUGUGGUUUUUAUUUCUGUGAAUAUUGAUGGUUUGUGAUGAAGAUGAAUGAAUGAAAUGAAUCCUUUUCCAGCUGAUCUGCGGUCAGAUCCUCUGACCGGAUGCAGCUGCGGAACCACCGCUGGAUUCUGAACCGCUGCCUUCAGCUCGCUCCGGUUCUGUCCCGGUUCUGAACGUCUCUGUGAGGCUCAAACAAACGAGACGUGGUUCGGUUCGUUAGAAUUGUAGAUUUUUGGAUCAUCUGACGCUGAGCGGAGCCAGAAGGAGCCGGAAGAACCGGUACCGAAGAGGACUGGUACCGGAGAGAACUGGUACCGGGGAGGACUGGUACCGGAGAGGACUGGCACCGCCCUGAACCACCAGACCGCUGCCGGAACCGACAGACCGGAGCUGCUCGGUGAGGAAGACUCCGGCUGAGGAGGAAGAUCUGCAGCUCUCCUCCUCCUCCUCACCGGGCAGGGAGCGCGCCGCGCGGCUUGGAGAGGCGUGACGCGCCCGAAUCGCAUCUCCGGGAUGGCAGGUCCUCCUGACGGGCCCUCGGCUCUCUGUACCGGGAUUGGACCGGCGACCCUCUGAGGACCAUGGACCCUGAGAUCCUGCCGGGCCCCGGCUCCAGGACCAGGACCAGGACCGGGACAGACCCCAGGACCAUGGCGUGCAGACGGAGCCUGGGCGUGAUGCUGCUGGUGGUCGGGACGCUGGUUUCCGUGGUGACCUCGAGCUCACCUGCUGCAGGUGUGUUGGACUUCAAUGAGACAGCUGAGCCUUCAUCAGAGCCUUCAUCAUCAUCAUCAUCAUCAUCCUCCUCCCCUCCCAGACCCCCCUCCCCUAGCCAGCCCUCGGACUCUGGUUACCAUGGUAACGGCGGUGGCGCCGGCUCAGCGGAGGACUCGGACUCCGGCGCUCAGGGGAUCCACCUCCUGCUGAGGCCCCCGGACCUCCUGUCUCCAAGCCUGCCACCUCCCCUGCCUCCCCACAGCCAACCCACCCUCACCCCUCCUCCCCCGUGGGAGCAGGGCCCCUCCCUGGAGGAGGCCUGGGGCUCCGGCGACUACCUGGAGACGUUGUCCUUCAUGGUGCCCGACGGCGAGGAGCUGGCCCUGGCCACGCCGCUGCCCAGUCACCCUUACGACAAGGACACCGAGGGGGACUGGGUCUCCUACGACACCGCCUUUCCCGCCAGGCCCACCCUCCCCCUCUCCUCCCGCCUCCCCCUCUCACCCUCCUCCUCCACCCUUGGCAUCCCCCUGCACACUCGGUCCCCCCAUCCGGAUGUCUUCCCCACCUGGGAGGAGGACUACGACCUUGAGGACAUGAUGCCGCUGGAGCCGACGGAGCUGCUGCUGCCGGACAUGAACAGUCUGGAGUAUUACACCAACCUGCUGGCCCGGGAGAGAGAGAGGGAGAGGGACCGGGGGAGGGAGAAGGACCUGGAUCGGUUGAACCGGACCGACACCAAACCCCCCAUCAGUCCGACAACCACUCUAACUCACCAUCCUUCUCCGACCCCAUCCCUGAGCCCUGGUCCUCCUCCGGUACUGGAGCCCAAACGUCCCCCAUCAGGUCCCACGCCUCCCCUCACCCUCUCACCCACUCUCCCAGGUGAGGCUCCAUCAGCCACCCCCAGAGCUCCAUCCACCCCUCCUCCACCGCCUGCUCCGAGACCCAGAGACCGAGCCCCAGUGCCGGGUCGAUACCCUCCUUACCCUCCAUCCAACACCACCGGCCGGGUGCCUCCCCCUCCCCCACUGGGACCACCCACCCGCCCCGAUCGACCGGAGAGGCCUUCGGCUGUCACAGAGAAGCCAGCGAAGGCUCCACCCUCCAGGAUCACCACCACCACCAAGGCGACCACCGCCAUCACCACCACCACCCAGAUCACAGCCAUCAGCCUGACCAGAGCCCCCCCGGUGACCACGCCCAGAGUGGCCCAAACCCCGCCCACCAGGCAGUACCUGUGCAACGUCACCAAGCCGGAGAUGUACUUGGUCCGAGUAGUGAGCUCCAAAGGUUCGUCAGCUGGUUUCAGUCAGGUCAGAGAUCUUCUGAAGAAAGAGUUCAACCGUUCGGUGGAGCUUCAGUUCCUCAGAACUCCGUCCAGUUUUGCUUUUCGCGUCGUGUCAGGACCGUUAAUCUUCACCGCCAUGUCCGUCAUCAACGCCCUCCGUCAGCCGCCGCGCAGCUCCGGUCCGGUUCCCACCGUGUCACCGCUCUACACCGUACCUGACCUCAGGUACCAGAUCCACUCGGUGCUGCAGUUCGUCCCCGCCCACGUCGAUGUCCGGGUCUGCAACUUCAGCGAACGGGUGGAGAGAGGCCUGACACUGGCAUACGCCGAGACACGGAGGAGAGCGCACGAGGCGGGAAAUGUCACCGUACAGCUGUUGAACAUCACUAUGGGCGUAGCCCGGCCGGCAGCAGAGCAGAAGGUUCCUGUUGACAUCACGUUUGCAGUGCGUGAUGGGCGGGGCUACCUGCCAGGGUCGGGGGUCAGCGAACACUUAAGGAAGCUCACCCUGGUGGAGUUCAGCUUCUACGUUGGAUUUCCUGCCCUGCAGAUCGCAGAACCGUUUCAUUACCCUGAGCUAAACACGAGUCACCACCUGAGAUCCACCUGGGUCCGAACAGUGCUGCUGGGAGUUCAGGAGCAGCUAGUGGCCGAGAGAAGCUUCAAAGCUCGACUGGAGAGACGUCUGGCUCUGCUGCUGGAGGAAGGACUGCAGGAGACCAGCAGGAGGCGCUGGAGGAGGGCCACAUCGGUGGGCAACAACAGUCUGCAGGUGGUCCGGGUGUCCCGGCUGUCUGGACCAGAGCGCCCCCUGGAGGUGUUUUACUUUGUGGAGGGUCCAGGUGGAGAGAGGAUCCCGGCUGAGGUGACCGCCGCCACUCUGAACCGCUUGGACCUGCAGAGAGCCGCCAUCGUCCUCGGACACCGAGUCCAGAGACCGCUGGCCCAACCUGUGGAGACUCUUUCUGUCCCCCCGGCGGAGACCCAGAGCAGCAGCAUCUGGCUGAUUGUCGGCGUGGUCGUCCCCGUCCUGCUGGCCGUCUUCAUCAUCAUCAUCCUCUACUGGAAGCUGUGUGGCUCCGAGAAGCUCGAGUUCCAGCCGGACGCCAUCAACACCAUCCAGCAGCGGCAGAAGCUUCAGGCUCCCAGCGUCAAAGGCUUCGACUUCGCCAAGCUUCACCUAGGGCAGCACAGCAAAGACGACAUCAUGGUGAUCCAGGAGCCCGGUCCCAUACCUGCACCCGUCAAAGAGGCCACGCCCUCUGACGCCGGAGACCUCAACACCCCAAAGUCCAAAGGGUCGUCCACCAAGGCGGCCCGGUCAAGCCGCCGCAGGGGAAGGCUCAGCCCGUCUGACGGCGACUCGUUAGGAAGCGACCAAUCCAGCGGCAGAGAGUCGGCAGAAGAGAGCACCAGACCUGUGGCCACGCCCAGUGACGCAAAACAGCACAGGAAGAUGCCCAAAAAUGGGAGGAACAAGAUGGCCGGUAGCGGUCCGGACGAACUCCUGUCCUCGUCCUCCAUCUUUGACCACGUCGACCGUCUGUCCCGCGGUUCCUCCGACGGCACCCGUCGUCAGGCCAACAAGGUGCAGCUCAUCGCCAUGCAGCCGCGACCGAGUCCGCCACCGCUCCACGCCCCUCUGCAGCCGAGUCCCUCGCUCACCGAGAAGGUCAACACUGAGGUGGCGCUGCGGCACAAGUCAGAGAUCGAGCAUCACAGGAACAAACUGCGACAGCGAGCUAAGAGGCGGGGCCAGUGUGAGUUCCCGUCCAUGGAUGACAUCAUGGACGCGUUCGGAGAUGGACCGGUCCAAAGCGAGGUGGCGCAGCGACUCUAUAGCUCCGCCCAUGACCACAUGGACUGCAUCCUGCAAGCCGACGCCCCCUCACCCCCCACCCCCACCGACUCCAGGAAAAGAGGGAGGCGCUCUCCUCGGGGUCACCGGGCUCAACCAGGACCUGGAAGUCUUCCUGAUACAGACCGAGACCGGCUGCUGACCGACCAGAGCGCCACCUACAGAAAGUACCCCGGAUUCAACAACGUGGCCUACAUGUCGGACCCUGACCUGCCCCCAGACCACGGCAGCCCCUCCCCCACUGAUGAGGUGUUUGACCCCGCCCCGGCCCCUCCGCCCUACAUGCCCCCCCAGCCAUCCAUUGAAGAGGCUCGGCAGCAGAUGCACUCCCUCCUGGAUGACGCCUUCGCCCUGGUAUCGCCAUCCUCGCAGGGCAGCGCCGGGGUGAGCGGGGUAAGCCCUGCCCUGCCCAGCCCUUCCCCUCAGGCCAGGCCCCCGGGCCGGCAGUGGGGUUCUUACCCAGCAGUCCCCUCUCACAGCCCCUUCUCUGCAAGAUAUGCGGAGCUGGGGAUGUCGCCCUCAUCGGUCCAGGGUCUGCUGCAGAGGCAGGGCCUGACCUCUGGAGGGUAUGUUUCUACUGGAGACCAGCUGCAGGACUCAGUUUACUCCAGCAGAGGGCAGUAUGAGGACCCCCCCUCCUCCUCCAGACCACGACCUGUAGGGGGCAGCACAGGUGCACAGCUCCACCACCUGACCCAGGUGGGCCUGUCCAGUCAGAUUGGUGCGUACCCUGGGGUGGGUCGCAGCAUGUCUGGGCCCACCGGCUCCAGCUGGAACCAGCAGCACUCAGACCAGGACCUGUCCAGACCGGGAGCCAGCAGAGAGAGCGUGCUGUCCUUUCCUGAGUUCUCCUCUUCCUCGGUUUUCCAGAUGCCCAGCUCCUCAUUGCGGGAUCCGUCGGCUCCACCUCUCCUCCUGACCUCACCGACUCCCGAGUAUCCGCCGGAUGACGCCUCGCCAUCCGCCCACACCUCGGCCUCCCUUAUAAAGGCUAUCAGGGAGGAGCUGCGACGUCUGGCCCAGAAACAGGCUGCAGUGACUAGCUACCCUUAGACUGGUUUGGACCUCUUUGGAUCAGGACUCAGCUGGUUUCAAACAUUGUAAACCACUCAGAGCCUGCAAAGACUGGAUUAAAACCCUAAAACUAACUAAUGUACACUCUGGACUCUGUGCCACGAAGCCCAAAAUAACUCUGAACCGCGAUCCAUGUCUGAAAACUAGGACAGUGUCUCCUGAAGACCUCCGGUAUUUUACAGGGUCCCGUCUUUCCGUCUGUCGAUCCAUCACCCCCCCCCCCCCAACUCAGUGUUUCAUUGGACAUAAGUUUGACUCACAUUUCCACUGAAGUGCUUCCUGGAGUGUAUCAUUCAGUGAUCAUUCCUCCUGAACUUCUCGACUGAGUCAUCCCUUUUGAUCAUCUGGAGCAGCGAUUCAUUGCUGAGCUCCUGCAGUGGAUGUUCCCUCCUGGAGUUCUAGGGUGGAUCAUCUGCCCUGGAGUUCUGGAGUGAAUGGACCUUCUUAAGCCUCUGGAGUGGAUUGUCCCUUUUGGACUUUUGGAGAAAACCGAAUGUUCCUGGCCUUCUGGAGUGGAUGGUGUCUCUGUGAGUUCAGGAGUGGAUCAUCUUUCCCAGAGUUCUGGAGUAAUGAACCUUCUGAACUUCAGAGGUUGAUCAUCUUUUUUGAAUUUCUGAAGCACACCAUCCCUUCCUGGCCUUCCAGACCUUCUGGAGUAGAUGGUUGCUCUAGACCUUCCCUCAGAAGGUAAUCUUCUCCUCAAAGUUCUGGAAUAGAUGCUCCCUCCUAAUCUUCUGGAAUGGAUUACCCUUCUGAGAGCUCUAAUUCUUGUAGGCCACCUGGUCUUCUAGAGUUUAGUCAUCCCUCUUGGACUUUUGGAGUAAAAUAAUUAUUAAUGGGUGCCUGGAGUGGAUGGCCCCUGCUACAGUGGAUCAUCUGUCCUAAAGUUCUGGAGUGAAUGGAUCUCCUUUAAACAUCUGAAGUGAAUCGUCCAUUUUGAACUUCUGGAAAAAAAUGGAGUGUUCCUGGCCUUCUGGAGUGGUUGAUCAAUCCUGGACUUCUGGAGUAAAUGGACCUUCUUAAGUUUUAGAGUGGAUCAUCUGUCCUGGAGAUUUGGAGUGAAUGGACCUUUUUAACACCUGUAGUGCAUCGUUGAAUGUUCCUGGCCUUGUGGAGUGGACUGUCUCUGCUGGAGUUCUGGAGUAAAUGGACCUACCUAAGCUUCUGAAGUGGAUCAUCUCUCUGGGACUUUUGAGGUUAAUGAAACUUCUUAACAUCUGGAGUGGAUCGUCAAAUUGAAUGUUCUUGGCCUUCUGUUGCAGAUAGUCCCUGCGGGAGUUCCAGAGUGCAUAAUCCAUCCUAGAUGUCCAGAGUUAAUGGACCUUCUCUAGCUUAUCAAGUGGAUCACCAAAUUGAAGGUUCCUGGCCUUCUGGAGAAGAUGGUCUCUCUGGUAGUUCUGGAGUAUAUCAUCUACCCUGGUGUUCUGAUGCUGAUGGUCCAUCAUGGCCGUCCAGAGAUUUGUCAUUCAUCUUGGACUUUUGGACAGAGUUGAACCUUUCGGGCCUUCUCAAGUGGAUGGUCCCUCCAGGAGUUGUAGAGUGGAUCAUCUCUGCUAGACCCCCAGAAUGAAUGGACAUUCUCUAAUCCUUCCUGGCCUUCGGUUGCAUCGUCCUUCCAGACAUCCUGAAGUAGAUGGUUGCUCUCAGCCUUCCAAGUGGAUGGUGGUUCUGGACCGUCUGGAUUUGAUCGCCUCUCCUAAAGUUCUAAAGUGGAUUGUCCCUCUGGACCUUCUGUGGUGCUAACCGUCAGCCUCAUACCAUCUCCUCAUCGACCACUUAUUGCCUUCCACACUCCCAUCAGCCACGGUGAUCAGGUCUCUGUUCAUCAACCAUAUCGAUGAGGUCUUUGCACUGUUGACAGCUGGAGGUGCCGUACAGUUCCUACAGCACGGGAACACAAAACAGGCGAAAUAAUAUAUUUAAAUAUCUAUAAGAAUUAAUAAAAUAUAUGUAAAGAGAUAGAAACCCAAUGAGCACAAUAUUAAUGUAAGAGUUAUUAUUGGAGUAUUGAGAUGUUACUUAUUUUUUAUUGCUUAUAUAUGAAAGUAUACUUUAAAUCAUUUAUUUUGAUCAAAAAAAGACCAAACUACUGUUGUAUGGUUGUAAUCCUCUUGUGUUUGAGCUCGCUGUAGAUUAUGAGCCGGCGUUUGUUUCUCCGUGAAGACGUUGCUUAGCGUAGCUGCUCGCUCGCGUGUUCAUGUAUCGGUGGCAAAUUCUUUUUAAAAAAGAAAAAAUUACAGCUAAUGCAUCGCUUUGGUAUCGAGCUUUUUGUUGCUGAUUUGUUGCAUCCAUCAGUCUGUGCUCAGAACGCUGCAGAUGAGUAACACCGACCAAAAAGUGAGGAGCAGAGAUGGAAACUAGUCUGGAUAGUUUCUGUCAGAAUUCAGGAGUAAUUUCUGCUGCUGAAUCCAAAAGUCCAAAUUUUACACUUCUAGACUCAACAUUUGCAUCAGAAUUAGGCAUAUUCUUAAAGAUCAGCUUCCUAUUUCCACACUUUACCAAUGAGGAAAAAAUACUGCAUGUAGCUUCUGAAGAGGACUUUUGAAGGUAUUACUGUCUCCAAUAACCAAACUGUAUUUUACAAGCAGCUGAAAUGACGGGUCGUUCACAUGAAUAUUACCCUACAAAACACAACUACAACUCACAAAAUAAAACAUUCAACAACUACCUGCAGAUAUCGUCCACCAAACCAAUCUGAUGAAACUAAUUAGUUUAUCCGUGCAUUAGGCAAUAUAACUGGUAGGACACUGUCUGAACUGUAGUAUUAGAAGGUAGGAUGUUCUGAGCCUCCAAAAGAUGAGAAAAAAAACUGUAUUCUCUAUAUAAAGUCAUUAAUGUAGAUCAGCUGUAGUUCCUGGUUGUUCCAGCAGGUGGAGCCUCUUCCUGUUUAAUCCUGUAGAGACCAGAGAAGGCGUCUCUCAGAUUACAGUUCGUGUUAAAGCAGAAAGCAUUGUCGGGGCUUAGCCAGCAAAGGGCACCAUGACGAAGAGUUGUGUGGAGGUUACUAACCUCCAGCCAAAUCUCAGAGUGCGAUGAACAGGGACAACAUUCCUGUGUCUAAUUCUGCUGUUUUUUGUUCUGGAGAAUGAUCUAAAUAUUCAUAUCUAUUGUCUGCUCUCAGAUGAUGCUCUCUGAUGCACCAUUUAGGACCAUUUUGAGGAUGUUUUGGCAAAUUUUAUGUAAUCUCAGACAAAUUUUGAGUCACAGUGGAGAACGUUUGAGAUGUUUUGAUCAUUUUUAACCGUAGUUUAACUGUAGUAGUACCUGGUUCUUCCACCAAGUGGAGCCUCUUCCUGUUAAGUACUGUAGAGGCCAGACUACACCAGAGAGCAUUGUGGGAGUUUUGCUAGCAAUGGGCACCAUGACAAAGACUUCUGUGGUGCUUAAUGACCUCCAGUUGGGAGAAUUUAAGGUGUCUACCACAGUUUGACUGCUGUGUGAUAAGGAGAUGUUAGCAAAGGUUCAAGCUUCGAUUGGUUCUGAUACUAAUUAAAAUGCAACACUGAGAACCAAUCCCAGAAUAAUUAUUUAAACCAGCUAUGAAUGCUUUCCUCGAGCAGAAGAUAGGAAUUCUCAAUCGUUCAAGUUCAGCAGUCAUGCUCAUCCCUGGUUCAAACAUUUUGGGCAUUUUUUCAUUAAAGCAGUAAAAGGACAAAAAAAAAAACAUUCUGGAGACUGAUUCCAGUAUUGUCGGUAUUGGCUUCAGUAUUAAGUCUGGAUUGCUAGUCCAUUCACCAUUUCUUAACUGAACUAAUACGAACUUAUGCAUGUCUAAUUCUGAAGCUACAAACAAACAAACCAGCUCCACAAACACUCCUGUAGUUCCUGGGAAUCAUCCCGUUGUAGCCAGUGUUGAGUAAUUUAGACUCAGCUUUUAGUUUCCUGUUCUGGUUGUUCCGCCUGAUGACGGUUCCUCUCUGCCGGUUCCUCUGUGGCGUCAUCAGCAGGUCGGUUGUUCAUGAACAUCUGGUGAUGUGGGGGGUUUGUUCGUCUCUGCUCUUCUUCAGCACGUUCUACUAAGUUUGAGGCUUUAGCUAUUCGUGAUGUUCCAGUUAAUGUUUAGCAUGCUGCUAAAAGAUGUUAAAGUUAUUCAAAUAAACAGUGAAGAGUUGUUCCACAUCGAGUAAAGAGUGAGCAAAGAGUGAUUAACGUCACAGUGCUAUGAAUCCAUCGUCCAUCCAAGCACAGUAGAAAAAAAUACAUCCUGAGAAACGUCAUGUUAUUUUUUGUUUCGCAUUUCCAAAAGAUAUUUUUGAAUCUAAAUGAAGAUGGUAUAAGUGUAUAAAUGAAAGUGGAUAUGGUGUUGAAUAGAAAACAAUAUAUAUAGAAAAUAUAUAGUCUGCUGAACGGACUCCAAGACAUCUGCCAAGACAUCAUUCAUGGACCAGAAACCAACCGCAGAACUCUUUACCGGCUGGAGACUCUCUGAUUGGACCAGGCACCUGUCAGUCAAGCUGCUGGACUUGGCCACGCCUACAGGGUCACAUGGUGCUACUUCAACAACUCGAGGUGUGACGGAAACUCCUCGAACAUUUUAAAAACCUGCAGAAGUCUGUCUUUUCAUGUCAAACUGUGGACUCGGCUGCUGCUUUGCAGGCGUCACAAGCUUCUCCUGAAUGUUUUCUUCAGUGUUUUCUAGAGUUUCAGUGUUUUCUAGAUCCUCAGCGAGAAUCCAGCAGACGACCAGGCGAGCUGUGGACGUUCAGCCAUGACAAAACUACCGAUCCACUCUGGAGUCAGACGGUUUCACACAGAACCAGUUCUACCUGCUGACCUCUGGUGGUUUGUAACGAUCAGCUGAGAUCUUUGGAUCUUCUGUGACCAAAAUUUGUUCAAAACUUUCACCACAAAUUGUCAACCACAUUUGGCUGAACACAGAAGUCCUGGGAUGAUGUUUGCCCAAAGCGAUAUCUUGGUCAUUGUUUUUUUUCAAGGUUGUUUUCUCGACUUAUGGUACGUGUCCACUUAAUCCGUUUCUCUCACAGAUAAACGCGUCUCGUCUGAAAAUCUCUAAUGCCCUUCUUUUUGCCAUAAUGAAGGGCAAAAAGUUUCAAAAAACCCAGGCAAGUGAAAGUUUGUGAAUGUAGCACAGUCCAAGGUGGCGUACAAGUGGUGAAUGUAAACGAAGCCGUCUUCCUCGCAUAGCGCCGCAUGACGACGUAUUUGUCCGCUCGCCAACUCGAUCCGAAAUUUGUUUUAACAUUGCUGUACGUUGAAAUGAAGGAACAAGACCUGAGUAAAUUUAUGGGAGAUGGCCACGUAACCACGAAACGCUGUAGGUCGAGGACGCCGUAAACCGAGGACCUGUUCUACCUUUCUUUUGCUUUCUUCCAGAGUUUUGGAGGUCGGUUGGCGAUUACAAGUGAAAUUUUUAAGCAUUCUUAGCAAAUUCACAGAGACCGAUUCACAGAAUGAACAAAUUCAUUAAACAUCUUAAAUGAUCAUUAGAUGGUAAACGCCUGGCAGUAUGCAGUAAGAAACAUUUUGCUGUCUGGACGAUUAAUAAAUGGCAGCCUGUUAACAACACAUUCACAGAUAAUGUCGGUAAACUCAAGUAAAACUCCGAUUUGAUUUACUUAGAGUUAAACAUCGUUGAAAAACCAAAUGUGAAGGUUCAUUUUUAAAUCCCACGAGGUCUCCGGGUGGUUCUGGUCCUGUGUGCACAGAGUUUUAGAUCCCAUUUAACACCAACAUAUACAGAAAUCCUGAAAUAAAACACUAACUCGUGCACAAGAGAAAAAUAUUUCUGCACAAGAUACAAAUGUUUGCACACAACGUACAAAUGUUUUCACAAAUGACAUCUGAAUGCAAAAGAUGCAAACUUCUGUAAACAAGAUACGAACAUUUGUGCACAAGAUCCAGAUGUUUGUGACCAAGCAUUCACACUAAAAGGAGUAAAAUAACCUGGCUGCACAAGAUUCUAACUUUUGAAACAAGAUGUUUCAGCCUGUGUAGAAAUAUACUAACCGUGUUACAGACGUACUAAAUUAUAAAUAACUCAUCAUUGAUUCUCUUCUGCUUGCUCUUGUUAUGAAACAUCAGUUUUGUCAUGAAUGAACCUUCAAACAGCUGCUGCUCUGAGUCCAACCACAUUCCUGUUGUUCCUCUUCAGACUAUGGUACAAAACGUAGCAUCGCCGAGGCCACGCCCCCUGUAUUUAAGGUCACGCCCACUGCAGGUUCGGCCACAUCUGUCCAGGUUCCAGAUGUGACUCGGCGAAGCUGCGUUGUGGAAACGGAGUCAGAGGGUAAAGUUCUUUUAACGUCAAACCGUGAGCUGGGAACACUGCCAGCAGCCUCACCUGUCCAACAGGCCAGGUGAGCAAUCAGCUGACCUGAGCGGGUCACAUGACAGGAACUCGUUCCACCCAAACUCUGUGUGAGCUGCAUCCUGUGGUGUUUCAAGUCUGAAAGAUUGUGUUAAACAUUAAAGAGAUGUGUUCAGAUCCA